AUGAAAAUUUUCAAAUUUGAGAGAGGCAAUGCAUACGCUGAACUAUGUGCACAAAGUGGUAUGCUUUCAGGUAAAGUUGCCAUAACAACAAAAAUGUGGACUUCUAGUGAUGGAGAUCGGACAUUUUUUGCCAUCACAGGACAUGUAGUUGCUGAUGAGUGGAAAAGAAAAUCAUUCAUCAUGAGGUUUGCAAAUGUGCCAUUACCUAGUACGAACGAGUCUAUUGCCAAGGUUAUUCUAGAUUGUUUAUCAUACUUCGAGGUGGAGAAAAAACUGUCAACUAUAACCUUUGACAGUUACACUGCUGAUCAAGAGCUUAUUAACAUUUUAGUGGAUAAGCUAUCAGGAAAUGAAUCCCUUUUUAGAGGAAAGCUAUUUCGGCUACCAUGUUUUGCUCAUACUUUAAAUCUGAUAGUGCAAGAUGGAUUCGAUGUGAUUAGGCAUGUAAUUGAAAAAAUUCGUGAUAGUAUCGUGUUUUGGACAUCAUCACCAGAAAGAGAGACAGAAUUUUGGAAAGCCGCCUGUGAGUUGGGUGUGAGCACUACAACAAAGUUGGUGCUUGAUCAUCGGCUGAGUUGGAGCUCAACAUACUUGAUGCUACAAGACUCAUUUGUUCUCAAAGAUGUCUUUUUUCUUUUAGGAAAGCAGAAAUCUGAAUAUAAAUCCUUCCCUAGUAAGGAAGAAUGGAAUUUAGCAAGGGAAGUGUGCAACAAGUUAAAAUUUCUGUUUAAGAAGACGGAGAUUUUGGCAGAGUGUCAUAUUAAAUUUGGUUUAUCUGAGUGGCUCGAGUCUGAGUUUCCAGUGAUUAAAGAGAUGGCUUCAAAGAUGGUAGACAAGUUUGACAGGUACUGGUUUGUAGCCCGUGAUUUUCUAGGAGUAGCGUCUGUAUUUCACCAUAAAUAUCGAUUUGUCACAUUGAAGUUCUAUUCCUCAAAAUUUUAUGGAAAUGAAGCUGAAAGUGAGGUUGAAAAGAUUCGCCAAAUUUUCAUUGAUUUUUACAACGAGUACAAGAGUUCCCUACCUGGCUACCUUUGGAUGAAAAUGAAACCAAUGAUGAUGAUGUGGACCCUCCAGAGUCCCCCGCAAGCUACUCAUUUAGGAUGUUAUGCAAAGAGAUAG